AUGUCCGACGUACCACCAACCGAGUCCAUUCCCAAACCAGAGGAACCUAAAGAACCACAACAGUCUCCUCAGCAACCUCAGUUCCAGCAAGUACCUCCGAAUUACUACCAAUUUCCACCUCAAGGUUACUACCCACCACAAGGCUUCCCGAACUACCCUCCUCAGCCUAUGCCUUACUUCCCCAACCCUUGGUUGUUCCAGCAAGCUCCAUCCCAACAAUUCCAAUUCCAAUCUCAGUCCAAGAGAGACCAAGACUUCGAAGAAGGUCUGAACCGCUUACGCAAAGAGUAUGCUACAGCUCCAAUUGAGAGAAAGUUGUUCCCGGACCAAAAAAUAUAA